CGUCUCCCCUUCCGUAGGGCAGGCGGCGCCGAGGGACUGAUGCCGAGCGGCGGCCUCUCUCCGUACGCAAGGCCGAGGCUGUGUCCGCGGCCUACUCGCCCGCAUGGCCUUUGCCAUGGCGCAGCAGACAGCGCUGGCCGUCUGCCUCUUCAUCUGCGCCUUUGUGGUGGUGCCGAGGAUUCUGCUGGGGUCGGGCGGAGGGAAGGAGGCGGCGGCGCGGUUGUCGGGAGCGGGACACCAGCGCCCAGGCUCUGGAAGAGGCCAGCCAGUGUCCUCAAACUCGGAAUCAAAUGACCCCAAAGGACAACCUAAUCUCAGGAUGCAGCCAGCGAGAAAUCAAAAAGAAGCAAAUGAUGAAAAGACUCAAGGCCGAAACAAAGGAUUUAUUUUCCAGUUCUUACCACUUUACGCAAUAGGGAUUGGUGCAUAUGCUGUUUACAAACUCAUGCAAUUAAAGUUCAACGAAAAUGAAAAACUAAGUAAUGAAAAAAAGAAGCGGGUUGAAGAUGAAAAGAAAAGUACAGAAAAUCAGCUUUCUGAUCUGGAGAUGCGUUUAGAACAGACUGAGAGAAUGUUGGCCUCGUUAGCAAAAGAGUUAGAUCCACUAACCAACAGUGUCAACGCUGUUGCUUCUGGGCAGAAGAAUGAAAUCAUGACACAGCUUCAACAAAUAAGAAAACUGAUAAAAGAGAGGCAGGCACCUGAUGUUGAUGAUGAUCUACUUUCUAUCACUGAGAAUCUCAAAGGAUAUAUCCAGAGCGCUGAGGAAAAGACACAGUUGUCGGAAGAUCUUGCCUUUCCAGAUAGUGAGGAAGAUUCACUAGAGGAUAUUGACUCGAUAAAUAGCAAAGCAUAUCUUCAUGAAACUGAGUCUGUGGACAGCAGCUCCAUAGAGGACUCUGAGGGGGACUUUGAACCGAUGGGGAAUUUGCCAGAAACCCGUGGGAUCAUGGAGUUGAGAAAACGCAACAAACUGAAUGGGUUUUCAAACUGAACUGUCGAGGGUCUCCUUUCCAUAUCACUGGUUCAUUUUGGUUGGUAUAGUUCGGUUUUGCAUGGUUGAUGCAUCAUUACAUAAGCACACACUCGGGUAGCACAAACUUUAUUGUCUCUACUAUAUACACCAAAGUGUAGACAUGUUUAUUGUAACUAGCAUCCUUAUUCUUUAUUCGAGUAUACUGAUGUUUAUAUAUUAUAUAUAAAUUCACCAAUGAAAGUUAAAAUGAGAAUCCAUUUAAUUACCAACAUAAUUUUAUAAUUAAUUUACCAUUUGUAUGUUAGAAGCCGGAAAUCCCAGAUAGGGAAGAUGAGCUGUUAAAUUGUAGAGGGCGUGAAUUAGGGGCCAUAGAUGUGAGAUAAUUGGUAGACACCGAGUGCUGGAGUAGCUUGGCGAGUUAAGCAGCAUCUCUGAAGAACACGGAAAGGUGAUUUUUCAGGUCAGGACUUCAGACUCGAAAUUUUGCCUAUCCACGUUCUCCAAAGAAGCUGCUUAAUCUGCUGAGCUACACCAGCACUUUGUGUCUUCUUUUAUAAACCAGCAUCUGCAGUUCCUUGUUUCUAUAAAAUCUUUGGAGUUCGAUUUAAAGGGAAGUUGGUAAAAAUAAACAAAAUACUCAGA